AUGGACUACAGCGCCUCCAUACACGAGACCGAGGACCCUGCGGCGUCUCCCUGGGGCAAUACGCCCGGCUCGUCGCCGCAGCACGACCGCACCAGCUUUGCGAGCCUCACGGGCGAUGCCCCUGUUCCCGCCUUCCCGUACACCCCGCAGCCGUCCAACGGCGACGAUGUCUUUCCGCAGUCGGGCUCAAUAACUCCCACAGCCGGAGCAGAGGGCGAUUUCGGAGAUGCGAGCGUGACGGCAUCUUCAGAGGCUGGGACCGUGUCUCAGUCUGCCGAAUCCGAGGCCCCUCAGUCGACGGCUUCGACGCAAGCCCCGUCAGAAGAGCCGCAACAGCAGCCUCGGAAGCCGCCGCAGCCCCAAUUCAGGCUGCAGGCCAAGAUUACAGGGCUGGAGCGGACGGGGAAGAAGGAUCCCAUCCUGCGGUUUGAUGUCCACACGAACCUGCCCCGUUUCCGCACCACCCAGUAUCGAGAUGUCCGACGUCUGCAUUCCGAGUUUGUCAAGCUGGGAGAGCACUUGAUAUCGGCAAACCCCGAAGCGCUAGUACCUGCCGUUCCGCCUCCGAUCACGUCUGCUGGCGCCGGUACCGAGGAGGACGAGAACCGAGUCAAGGCUCUAAUGCAGCGAUGGUUCAACUACGUGUGCGGGAACGAGGUCUUGAUGAGAGACGACGAGAUGGUGCUGUUUGUGGAAAGCGACUUCGGCUACAGCCCGCUGGUGAAGAGGAAGCAGCCCGCAACCGGCGUCCGCAGGAAGAUUCUGAAGCAGUUUGCCCCGCCUCCUGAUGAUACCCCUGAGCUUGCAGAGGCUCGUCCCAUCGUUAAGCUGUUCUACCUGGGUACGAUGGAUGCUGGCCACAAGGUUGACAAGCUCGUCAAGGCUCGAAGAGGUCUUGGUCUCGCCGAGUCUGAUUACGGUGUCAAGCUCGGUGCCAUGCACGUCCAGGAGCCGCACCCAGGCCUGGCAAACGCCUACAAAAAGCUCGGCAGAGUCAUCCAGACCGUCGGCGAUUACCACGCCGCCCAGGCCACGGCCGAGGCGACCACCAUCGGGGACCCGUUCCAAUACCACUCGCAGGACGCCUUCAUCGUCAAGGAGACCCUUACCAACCGCCAGAUCCUCAUCCGCGAGUACUUGCAGGCCCAGGAGGUCACGCGGAGCAAGCUCAACGCCGCCGACCGCCUCAAGGCCAGUUCCAGCGUGAGACGGGAAAAGGUCGAUGAGGCUAUUGCCGCCCUGGACGAGGCGCGCACGAACGAGACCCAGCUGUUCCACAAGACGAGCAGGGUGACGCAGAACCUCGUCCAGGAGCGCCGCAGGUGGUUUGAGCGGACGGCCAACGACCUGCGCCUCGAAAUCAGGGAACUCGUCCUCCGCGAGAUCGAAGCCGAGCGCCGCUCGCUCGCCCUCCUCGAGAGCGUCCGGGCGGACAUCCGCUCCAUCGACGCCUCCGGCGGUCUCAGCCGCCUGGGCCGCGAAGCCCACCCCACCAUCCGCCGGACGAGCCUCGCCGCCAGCCAGGGCCCUAAGGGGGAUGCCUGGAGCGGCGUCCCCCGUCGCUCGGACGCCACCAGCCGCACCACCUCCGUCGUGGGCAAGCUGCCCGAGGAAGGCGAAGGCGAGAACAGCAAGGAGCCCGGUGCGGGCAAGCUCGGUGGCGGACUGGGCAACUUGGUUGGCCUGGAGGAGGAUGACGAGGAUAGGAUCGAUGCUAGGAAUGCGGCGAGUCGGUUGGCCACGAGCACUUUUUGA